ACUGGAAAAGGUCCAAGGACACACUUUCCUUUGUAAAAACAGAGAAGAAUCCUAAAUGUGAAACGCUAACAGUUUCCUGACCUUAAAAAGAUUGGUUGUUUUUCAAAAGCAAUUCUGAUCCCAGGGUCUGUCAGUGACGCUCCAUUUCCUACAACACUCUGUGGAGAUCCAGACACUGUUUCUUUCUAUUGAUUUCACCAGGGAAUGUGUUUCAUUUUGAACCUUGCAUUGUUUUACGUACAUAUGACUUCACUACUAUAUAUCCCCAUCGCAUGGGAUUGUAUCCCCGGCAGGAGAUAAUAUUCUUACAUAGCUACAAUAAAAUUAAAGUUAUUAAUGGAUUGUACACUGUGCCACUGCUGCGUACUUGGCAAUUCUUGUCAUGAAAAGUGGUGUAUCACACAAUCAGCACGCUCCAUAGAGUUUCAAAAGUCGAUUUUGUAACAUAAAAUGUAUCUGAAUUUGCCAGUGCAAUAUAUGUAGAUAGAUGUGGAUUUUAAAUGUCUGUAUUGUAAUAACACAGUGCUUCCUUGAAGAGUAUAUCGUUGUUUUCAAAUGUCAAGCUACUUAACAUCGUACUGUGUGUUUCCCCAGGUUCACAUGCCGGUGAUUGAAAUUCUGCUGCGAGGAUGCAGUGAUGGCCAGUAAUUGCCAGGCUAGUGUGUAGGCGGUAGUUCUUGUUACAUAGUGCUGUGGUAUGGUCUUUGCAAGUGGAGGGUUCGAUUCAACAUUACAGAACAAUCGUUCUUCAUUUUUUAAUAUUGUGUUGAUGAGUUUAGUUUUUAUGAAAGCUGACGGAUUGGCGGUGCGACACACAGGCCCUCUCUGAUGUGUGUGGGAGCAGGGGUCAGGAUUCCCCUCACCUGACUGGAAAGGAGCUCCCUCUGCUGAAGUGACAGCUGUUGUUGGAAUGGACUGACUGCUACUGAGGAGUGAGAAGACUAAACAAUCAGUUUUUAAAACAAUGAGCUGCUAAACCCACAAUGACAUCAGUGGAUACAAUGCAAACCACUACACAGAGGACAGGCUGGGUUACUUUUAAUGACGACUCACCCCUUACAUCAGUACGAUACAAGAAAGAUGAGAACCACAGUGUGGCUCAGGCAGACCCUCGCCCUACCCAGCAGACCUGUCCUCUGACCACAGCCCCCAAGAGCACAUUAUUUAAUCCACAGUCCUCUCAUGAACACAGAAGCUGGAUCCAGUUUGAUGACAAGCCAUGGAGCAAUGUGCAGCCACAAGCAACAUGCACAUCUGUAGUAGCCCCGAAUCAGAACCUUUGCUCCUCGGUCAGCUUUUGGAGCUCCGUGCCCCCCUCUGAGAGCAGCUGGACAACACACUCCGAGGAUCCCAGCUUUCUCAGCAUCAACCCAUCCUACACCGACCUGCAGUCAAAUAACAGUGAGGACCAGCAGAGCAGUGGCAUGUCAAGAGCUGAGUCACCAAAUUCUUCUGUCUUUCAAGAUGAUGAAGAUAUAAACAUGGAUGCAGUUAACUGGCUUCAAAUCGAUAAACAAAUGAAUGGACAGUCAGACAGAAAAACAACCCGCUUUGCAAGUUGGGUUACCUUCGAUGACGAUGAGGACUCCUGCUUUCUUCCUUCUCCAAAACCUUUAAAGGUUAACAACUUCAGCCAUGCUCCCACUCAAGACUCCAAUAGUAACUUGAUUAUCUCUGAGGGACAUUCGCUAAAGACAGAGGUGACGAGGAACUUGUUUGAUUUGGCUCCGGAAAAGACCAAUUAUGUUUUCACUCCCGACAGUCCUCCAGCUAAUACCAGAACACCAUGCAGUAAGAUAAAUCCAUUUUUGGAUAGCAAACUUUUGGAUGUUCAGCCAUCACCCAUUAACCCUUUCAGUGCCUACUUUGAUAAGCAAGAGCCCCUGCUUGUUGAUACGUCAGAGAACAAUGGACCAGGGAGUCCUCAGGUGUAUUCAUUCAGCUCUCCCUUUCUCACUGAAGGAGUCGAUGUCAAAACAGACUCCGUCCUGCUUUUCUCUCCUGUUUUUGAUACCAGCAUCCAAGAGGACAGGUUCAAUAAUGUUCCUGAAAAUCAAACCUUAGAGCAAUUGAAGCAGAUGCAAAUUGCAGAUCUAGAUGAAGCAGAUAAUCCUACCAUGCCUGGUGAACCCAUAGAUUCUGAUGAGCUUGAUGAACCACCUUUUGUGCCAUCCCACUUGGAGCCUAGAGAUGGUUGGCCAAUGAUGCUAAGGAUACCUGAAAAGAAGAGCAUGAUGUCAUCCAGGCACUGGGGAGUGAUUCAUGUGAAACUGACAGAGGCCGGUUGCUUACAACUUUAUUAUGAAAAAGGAUUGGCAAAGCCUUUUAAGACGAUUCAGUUGAAUGCCAGCCACGGGUUAUCAGAGCCCAAGCUACAAACCUUUGAUGAAAAUGGGAAAAUUCACACAAUACGGAUAGACCAUGUAACUUACAAGGAAAAAAAGAAAUAUCAGCCAAAGGUAGCAGUAGUUCACACACCUGUAAUGGAACAAAUUGUUAAACUUGGAACAAAAAAUUACAAAGAUUUUUUGAGUUUUAUAUCAGCGGUUCAGAAUGUGUUGAUGAGUCUGCCACUGGAUGUGGACACAUAUUUGCGUCCUUCGAAUUACUUGGAGGACGAGAUAUCCAUAGAAGUUAGGGAUGAGUUUUGUGGUGUGGUGGCCAAAGGGGAUAACCGAAUCUUGCGCCAGUCAGUGGUGACUCAUGUCAGCGUUUUGGCUUUUGUUUCAGGGACACCAAUAUGCAGGAUAGGUUUUAAUGAUGUCCAAAUCAAGGGGAAUGAAGUUGUUUCUAGACAUGACAUCAUUCCAAACAGCACAACAAGAUGGAUUAAGCUCAGAGACUGCCAGUUGAACAAAUAUGUGGAUGAAAAGGAAUUUGCAAAUACGAGAUCUAUUGCGUUUGUUCCACCAAGCGCACACAGGUUUGAAUUGAUGCGCUUCAGGACAGCUUUUGCAGAAAAAACUCUGCCCUUUACUCUCAGGACCAUAGCUACUGUCAAGGGAGCCGAGGUGGAGCUACAGUCUUGGUUAGUGAUGUCAUCAGGGUUUUCAUCCAACCGGGAUCCACUGACAUUGAUUCCCUGUGAAAACGUGAUGAUCCGCUACCCUGUUGCCAAAGCUCUGAUGAAGAAUUUCCGGCGGGAGAGUGUCACAGGAGAGAAGUCUUUGAAAGCCAAAAUGAAUAAAGGGGCAAGUUUUGGUUCCACCAGCACCUCCGGGUCAGAGCCUGUAAUGCGAGUAACUUUGGGAACUGCCAAAUAUGAGCAUGCUUUUAAGGCGGUGGUAUGGAGGAUAAACAGGCUUCCUGACAAAAACUCAGCUUCAGGCCACCCUCACAGUUUCUUCUUUCAUCUGGAGCUGGGCUCGGACCGGGAGGUGCACUCAAUGUUUGCACGACACGUGGACGUGGAGUUCGACAUGCCGGCAGCCUCAGCCUCCAGAGCCACUGUGCGCUCCCUGUCCGUUGGAGAGAAAAGCGACGUGAAGAAAUGGGUCAGCUACAAAGCACAUUACUGCUACCAGGUUGAAGUUGAACUGAAAAUUGAUCAAAUGCAAGAGCUGAAUGGAACACAGAGAGACCAACCAAAUGAAUGUAGCCAUCAGUGAGCACUACAAAGAGCAUAUUGAUUCAAGGAUAAAGGAUAAAAAAGAUGCACUUUCGAGAGAGUAUCACAGGAGAGGAUGCAUUCGUUGCAGUUUGAAAAACAAAGAAACACUAUUUUCAGUUGACACUGCCUGGCAAGGUCUUGAGCAAAACAUCUGACUGCUUCUCUGUUGGUUUGUCUGCUUCAGUUUGCUCAGUAUUCAGUUACAGGGAUGUCGGUUGCUGGCUGUGGUAAACCUGCUUCACCAGCACUUGAGAAGCAUACAAUUAAAAUACAUAACCAAAUGUAUUUGUAUGCUUUGUAUUUGCUUUUGUUUUUAUUCCAGACGCUUAUUAAUUCUUAAGUGGAUUCUUACUAAAUCAAGCUCUCAUUAUUCCUCUCCUCAUCUUCUAAAUAGUUGGAUUUUAAUAGAUGUGACAGCUUGAUUUCUUUUGGGUUAGUACUUUGAAAACAGUACAGUAUGGUGCUCCCUUUUUAUUUUACUGUCUGACAUCGAAGAAUCGUGAAUCGUAUUGAAAACAGUAAAUUAAAGAAGGGCCCUUACACAGUAUAGAAUGUGACAGUUUACUGCUGCCAUGCCCUAACUCUGAAUUAACCCAAUUUGUGAAUUAUCAUGUGCUGAAAUAACAUGUUAAUGAGAUAAAAGAAUCCAUAGUAUUGACACAUUUGAUGGCCAAACAGUUUUCAAAAGCUGAAAGAUUAAUAUUAUAGGCAAAUCUUUGUAGUAUUUGAUGCAGGAGAAUGUCAGUAUUGUUUAGUUAGACAGCAACAUCAUUUCAAAUGCUGUUUUCAUGGUGGAGAACAGCUUCCAUUUUGUUGGAGUUGUUGCUUUGUAAACAACUGUUUCUCAGUUGUGCUUUUCACAUAGAAGAUGUUAUAAAAAAAUGUAAAACAAAUAUAUAUCUCUGCAGGAAAAUUCAGAUAUGUAUUUUGCUUUUUUGGCUGUUUUGGGGGGAAAAAGGGUGGCAAAUGACUUUCUCUAAUAUUAAAAAUCCUUAAAAUGCUUAAUGCUAUUGUGGAGGCACCAGUAUUUACAUAUUUGUGUGCUUACUGUUUGUGACACUUUACAUUCAUUUAUCCAAUUGUAAUGUUACUAACAUACUUGUUAGUUUAGGUAAUUAAACCUAUUCAAACCCCCGACCCCCUUUAGAUGCGCCUAUAUCUUAAUUUGAUACAAAAGAAUAGGCUUGUGGUAUGAUAAAUACCAUUACAGGUGUGCUUCAGAUUGAACGAUUUACAUGUGUUACAGCAUAAAAUAGAGAAAUUGAACACUGGACUUUUUCUGAUAAUCAGAAUAGCAUAUGAAAGGACCUUAAAGCCUUGAAAAAUCUUAAGAUUUGUAUAGGCCAUUAAAUAUAUAUAUAUUAAAGCUGUACAUUUAAACUGGCAUACUAAAUAUUGAAAAUGAGCAAGUUUAUAGUUCUGUUUUAAAAUAUAUUUUUGUUUAUGAAGAGUUUUGUGAAGAUGUUAGAACACAGUUGCACAUGUAUGUAUGUACUCUAUACUUUCAUACUGUAUACAGUGAUAAAUUGGAGCCCUUGGUGGGCAAUAUUGUGUUGGUUCCUAUUUUAACUCCUAUUACCUUACUAGGAUUAUAAUUAUGCAAGAAAAUGUUAAAAACAAACAGAAAAAAGAGGGGAUACACUACUGUAGGUAAUAGUUUGAUUAAAGGGUGUCUGUAGAUUUACACAUAGAAAACUAGGAGAGUCUGAAAGCUGGUAAAAGGCAAACGAUAGUGGUAACAAUAAUAUAAACAAAUGAAAAAAUAGCUAUGCAAAAUAUAUAGUUUUAAAAAUCAAAAAGACACUAAGGACAUUUCUGUAAAGAGCAUAGCAGUAAAGGUGACACUAAGCUGAUACUAGACCAUGCAGAUUGUGAGGGUCCUUCAGUACAGCUAUAAGGUCAGACUUGCCCAGGCUUGCUCAGCUGUCAUAGUCAAAGGUUCAACAUCUUUUUUUACUCUGAUUAUUCUAUUGAUGACAUUUUUAAGAUGUAAUUCAGUCCUCAAAGCACUAUGUGAUAUCAGACCAGUAAAACAAAUGACAUUUUAAGAACAAUGGACACAGCAUUUGAACUGUGUAAGUAUCAAGCUGCAGGUUUUUUAUUCUUUGUUUGUACCCUGUGGCUGUCGAUGUUACACACCACACUUCAAAAAACAAAUAUUGCCAUAGUAUUAGUCACAGGAUGUCCCAUUACGUGUUAGAAGAAAGUGUAUGUGAAAAACAAAAGCUGUCCCCUCCCUUCAGUGAAAUAAUGACAUUGAUCAAUAUUCAGCCUUGUUUGAAUGUAUGUAGAGUUUAACUUCAGUAAAUAUCAUGUAAUUAUGCCUGGCAGCAAUUAAUUUUGUACGAUAAAUAUUGCCUAUCCUUUCUUAAGCACAGUUUGCUGGGGCCGCUCUCUUUAAGAAUGUAUUGGCUGAUACGAGCCAUGUGAGUCUACUACUGUAAGCAGUGUGCCAUCAGCACAGAGUUCUGUGUAUGUGUAAACUGGAAUGGACUUUUUCUUUAUAAAUGCACUAUAUUGCUGUUGCUUCUUUUGUACAUUCAAGACUUAAUAAAGUUAUUGUGUCAAAUAAAA